AUGGCUUCCGUCUCGGUCGUUGACGAAGCAGCACCAAGUAGUACUUGUGUUACCCGCGGCCAAGGUCCAGCACCAGGCUCUGCUGAAAAGGAAGCGUGGGACCCGUUCGGCAGCGAUUGUCGCGAGGACGCCUUCGCUCGGCUCUUGUCGGCUGCAAACCGGCCGGCCGGAUCAUCAACGACUACUGCUUCCACAUCCCAACCAGCAGCAGGACCAGCGUCCUCGUCCUGGGAUCCGUUUGCAAGCACUGGCGACGGAAAGGAGAACCGUGGAAAUGCCUUGUCGAAGCUCCUCGCAUCUCCCAGCCAGCCCAACGGCAGUAGCAAGGGCAGGAGUGGUCCGUCGAGUGCGAAGAGAAAGCGUCCGGCCGUGGGCUCUACCUUGCUGAGUGCUGCCGCGGCGGGGGGAGCGCGAGCUGGGGGGGCGGGGAAUGCGGAGGCUUUGACCCGGUUUUGCGAGUGCCCCGUGUGCGGGAAGAGGGUCCUUAUCGAGAUGUGCAGCAAGCAUCUCGACACGGAGUGUAACGGGCUGGACGCGACACCCCCCGCCGCCACCGAGACAGCAAAAUCACCGCUUUCUGCUGCGACCGAGAGCCGGGGAGCCUCGGAACCCAUUCCCCCGGCAACACCACCGCCAUCAGCGCUUGCAGCAGGUUCUUGUCGGUCCGUGCUUGCGUCCCCGCCGCUUGAGGAAGGAAAGGGCGAUGAUAGCCGCGCAAGGACAGCGGCUCGAGUAGCGGAAGAUGCCCCGCGUGGACAAGGGCAGCAACCCUCGGGCGAUGCAGCAAGCUCAAGCGCGCGAGCAGCAGCCUCGACGUUUCCCGCUCCUGCCGCAUCCCCUGCCUUCGAAACCGCUGCUGCUGCUGCUGCUGCUGCUACUGCUGCAGCCAAGCCGGCGGCGUCUUCUCGGGCAAGGAAGCUAGGUCGAAAACGAGUAGCGGCAGCAGAGGCGAUGACAGCUUGUCCCGUCUGCGGGAAGCAGAUUCAGGCGGACCUGUGCAGCUUGCACUUGGACACGGACUGCUCCGGCGUUACGCCUUCGGGCGGCGGGCUGAAGGAGGAGGUCCGCGACGAGGUGGGCUCGGGAAACGGCGGAGAGGCGGACAGCGGCAAAGCCGUGCCCAAGAAGGACGUUGGGAGCGAGGCGGCGGGGGGACUGAACGCCCUUGCGGCGGAGCUGACUUGUCCAAUUUGUCUUUGUGUGUUCGAGGAUGCGCAUUCCUUGCCGUGCAGCCACCGGUUUUGCCUGGAGUGCAUCCUGGGAUGCUUCAAGUCGAGCAAACGGCAGGAAUGCCCGCUGUGCAAGAUCCCUGCAUGGAAGAGAGACUUGACAAGGGACGUUUCUAUCCAGAACAUAAUUGCCGCUUACCGAAGGAUGGCAGCGUAGCAAGCAGUAUCUGCCACGCUGUAGGAACUAAUUAUAUAUCCUCUCUCGAGGCAAAGUUGAUUUGAGCUGAGGGUUAAGUGGCUCGGUUUCAUUGGUCACUGCUCAGAACGUGCUCUACGACGUGGGCACAGCAGGUGUGGGUAUGAGAUUGAAAUGACCGUGCAUGGAAGACUCUUAUUUUUUGGUAUUGUGACGUGCCGGCAAGCGAUUGUUGGUGUGGUGCUUGGACCAUGAUCACGUUCCCAUUAUUACGUAUCGCGGCUGAUGUUGUUCCUCUUUUUCUACCAAGAUAGAGCUCAGCGAUGUAGGUAGGCAGAGAGAGAGCGAGAGAAGAAAGAGAGAGAUACACACACAUAGACAACAGAGAGGGAGAGCAGAGGUACUCGACGGCUGAGACCAGUUUAUGAACGAUCACAUGUUCACGUUAUGCGCUGUCGUAAGAUGAUCGACAGAGGUCUGAGGCCGUAUCAAGUAUUCGAUUUUUUCCCCCGUAGCCAACGCAUUUGUUCGGUGCGGACCUACUUGGAAGGGUUCCGUUCGGGAUCUGAAAUUGUUUUGGGUGCCUUACACGUUUGGGUGGGCAACAGCCAUCAUCGUCGGUGUGGUGUUUUUUGUGCUGUUUUGUUUUGGUGUGUAAAUAAUUUUUCCUGUUUUUCGUCACAGCACCCGGCGACAUGUUGCCAUAGUUUUCAGUUGAAGUAUGCAGAGUUUCUCUUGCAGUCUGGAUUGGAUUUUUGUUAGUGUUUUGUGUCGUGGAGUUAGUCGGCACGUGAAAUGGCUUGCCCUGUCCAGAAGGUACAGGCCGGUUUUAGAUCCGUUGGACGAACGACACGCCGAUUGUUUGACGUUAGGAUGAAAUGAUGAGGUGAUCGUUACGAAGUGAAGUGCCGCGUGUCAUUCCCACGGUUCAGAAUUGCCCAGGCUCAACCCAAGGUGGUGAAACACCUCGCACACAAAACCACGAACGUGUCUUUAGAAUCAUCGACCAAAAACAACACGGAGCACACUAUCCGUUCCCGUUAAAAUCUCUGGAAAGAAGACGAAAAGGGGAAUGAAUCACUUAAUUGAAGGGACAUCCCUUGGUUACAUUCAUUCGUCACAUAUCUCACGAACACGGUUCGCUUCAGGCUGGUUUUGUUCCUGCCGCCCUUGGUGAUUGUUGACGUACUUGUUUUAACUGAUUCGUUCACGGUCUCGGGGCGUCUUUGAUGCCUCCAUGAACGCCUCGUGUACGGGCCAACAUCGAACCCAUCGUUGCUAGGCAGACCGUGAUGGGAGAGGGAAAGGUCCAUGUGGACAAGUUCAUUUCUGGAUGGUAGCCGUGCGUACGGACGUAGUUGAACCCUUCGUUGCCGACCUCACUGACGGGACAAGUGAAGGUUCAAAGACUUUUGACCGCACAAGCUAUUACCCCGACCAACCCCGCACGGGGUUGUAGAGGGCAGUGAUGCCGUCACGGAAGUGAUUCGG